AUGUCCGAAUGCAGACAAACACUGCUGACGGUGGCGGCAGAGAACGGGCAUGCGGAGGUUGUCAUGCUACUGCUUGAUGUGGAGGGCGUCGAUCCAAACUACAAACGCUUUUUGGCACAGCACGGACACGAGGCAGUUGUCAAAUUGCUGCUUGGCGCGGAAGGUGUCAACCCUGAAAUCAAGGAUUAUUUGGGACGGACGCCAUUAGCUUACGCGGGAGAGUCCGGACACAAGACGGUGGUCGAGUUACUUCUCAAAGAAGAUGCUAGCCUAGACUCCGAGGACAACAUGGGACGAACGCCGCUAUCCUGCGCAGCACAAAACGGUCAUCAUGAGGUGGUCAAACUAUUGCUUGGCAUUGAGAGUGUUAACAUAGGCCCUGAUGAUUCGUGGCUGACGCCAUUGAUGUCCAAGUCGCUAGCAUGGGCGGCCAAAAACGGACAUCCUGAGGUGGUCAAGCUGCUCCUCGCCUCGGAGCGUACGGACCCUAACUCUAACAACGGUGGCGGACGGACAGCAAUUGCUUGGGCUGUGGGAGAUGGCCAUGAGGCUGCCGUCAAACUCCUCCUCGCCACACCGGGUGUGGACCCGAACAUCAAGGAUACCUGCGGACUGUCGCCGAUUCCGUUUGCCGCUGAAAAAAGGACAUGA